AUGACCAACAACAAAGCCACCAUCGCCCGGCCCAAGAAUGCUCCAUCGUCAAAGCAACAACAGACAUCUGCAAAGAGUAUUCCAAAGGCUUCCAAAAACUCGGGGCAACAUCCACCAAAGCAGUAUGCUCGGCAAAAGAAGAGUAACCAACAACAACAACAACAGCCUAGCAAACCUCACGUGACCAAGGCAACGACAACUGCUACCCAGGCUCCUCCUACCACUGCUUCCCCAUCCCCUCGCUCAAACAAGAAAUCCAAACAAGAAUGGGAUGCUCUCAAGAACCAAAAGCCUGUAUCGAAGCAUCAACAGCAACGCAAGCCCAAUGUCAUGUCAUCCAAGGCUCGUCGUGUGGAACGAAAGCGUGAUAUCGCUUCAAUGACUGAUGCUAUUCAGAGUUUGGAUUUGAGUUCAAGUCCCCCUUGCAGUUCAAGUGAUUCAGAUAACUCUGAGGCUAUCCAAGUUAGCAACAAGAAGAAGAUGAACAAGCAACGGUCGACCACCAUGUCUAAACCUGGCCCAGCAGCUUUCCCCCCAUUGAAGAGAAACCAACAACGUCGCUCCAACAACAACAACAACAACAACGCUACUACCUCUUCCGCUGCCAAAGUCUACUGUGGACCAUGCUUUAGCAAUGCCCCAGCUCCUAGUGCAUUACCUAUUCCUGCUUUCAACCCGUCAUCGCCUACCUCUUAUCAGCAGCAACCCUACGUUCAUUCUACUUAUGAUCACGACGGUGUCUUUGCCAUUGAGGAUUAUUCACUUCAACAACAAUCCCAACAAUUGAUGAGCUUGCUCACGCCUCGCCAUCCUCAACCUCAUCAACCCAUGAUGCCAGCCACCAUGAUGACAGGACAUCAUCCUCAUCCUGAUACGACCGAGCAAAGACUCUCUGAAAUCCAACGUGGUUUGAGAUCCAUGCUAAAGAUCUCCACUUGA